GCAUCAGGCCUGUGUCGGUGUGUGGCGAUGCCACCGGAGCAUCCGGAGCCCAGUGCGUUUCCCCGGCGGUGCGCAACAAUGCGGCGCUGGACAUAAAACUUCACCAGCGAUGCCAGAGCCCUGAGCUUUCGCGCAACUUUAACCCGAGAAGAUGUCAGAUGUCACCAAAACCGUCCAGAAAUGGCACGCGAGUUUUAAAAAGGGCACGGACUUUGAUUCGUGGGGGCAGCUGGUGGAAGCCAUCGAUGAAUAUCAAAUACUCGCAAGGCAGCUUCAGAAAGAAGUGCAGUCGUCAAACUCGCAUGAUUUCACAGAGGAACAGAAGAAAACCCUGGGAAAGUUUGCAACAUGCCUUGAAAUGCGAAGUGCAGCCUUACAGUGCACACAAUCUCAAGAGGAGUUCAAGUUAGAAGACCUGAAAAAACUGGAGCCCAUUAUUAAGAACAUUCUGACUUACAACAAAGAUUUCCCUUUUGAUGUCCAACCAGUGCCUUUGAGGAAGAUUCUUGCCCCCGGUGAGGAGGAGAACCUGGAGCUUGAGGAGGAGCUGGACGCUGGGACUGGAGCAGGUUUAACACCAUCCUUCCCUUCAAGGGUUCCAGGUACGCUGUUGCCACGGUUACCCUCGGAGCCUGGAAUGACUUUGCUCACGCUGACGAUAGAGAAGAUCGGUCUGAAAGACGCAGGACAGUGCAUUGACCCGUACAUUACAGUCAGUGUUAAAGAUCUGAACGGUAUAGACUUGAACCCGGUUCAGGACACGCCAGUGGCCACGCGGAAGGAGGACACAUAUAUUCAUUUUAGCGUGGAUAUAGAAAUCCAGAAACAUUUAGAAAAACUACCAAAAGGUGCAGCUAUUUUCUUCGAAUUCAAACACUACAAACCCAAGAAAAGAUUCACUAGCACGAAGUGUUUUGCUUUCAUGGAAAUGGAUGAAAUCAAACCAGGUCCCAUUGUUAUAGAACUGUACAAGAAACCGACUGACUUCAAGAGGAAGAAACUCAGCCUCCUGACAAAGAAACCACUUUACCUGCACCUUAACCAGACUUUGCACAAAGACUAAACCAAGAUCCGACAGCCAAACACUUGACGGACAGUGAAGGUUAUAUUUCUCUGAUACGUUUGGUGCAUCACCUCUCACAUUCCUUGCAAUAUCGGACACUUUUCUUCAUAUCUCCAGUCUGAAGUUUGGGAAACUUCUCCGCGGUGCUUCAUCUGAGAGAGAAACGAGUGUUAGAAAUGGAAACGAUUGCAAAGACUGAAUUGUGUACAAAUUAUGUUGAUUUCUGAUGGAAAUGGAUGGAUAUAACACAACCUCCCAUUGGUUUUUAUAUUUUUAUUGCAUUAGAGAAACCGCUCGCCCUCAUCUUCUAAACCUGUAUGCUGUUAUUAUUUGCAAAUCUCUUUUUUUUUUUUAAUGACAUGUAAACAUAGAAAAAAAGACUAAGCACCAUUAAACAUCAUAAAAAUUAUCUAUUUUUAUGUUUUACGUUUUCUGAACCCAUACAAGCUUUGUAGACUUAAUAUUAAAGUGUUAUUCAGUGAAAAUCUCCAAUAUUUUCUAAUUGGCGUUUGAUUCUUAAAACCAAUUGAAUCUGAAUUUAUAACUUUGGUUUGGUUUUUGUCUAUGCAUAUGUACUAUGUCUAUGCAUACAUAUGAGGAAAAAACAGCAUACAAAUUUGGAAUUAUAUGAGGGUGAGUAAACAAUGACAGAAAAUUAACUUUUGAAUGAACUAUUCCUUUAUAAAUGUUGUUUAACAUUCAAGUUUAUUGCUUUUAUUGAGUAUGCAUUGCUUGCUAAUGCUAUAUAUGGAGUACAUGAAAACCCUAAAAAAACAACACUAAACAUCUAAAAUAUA